AUGCACCUGGAAGACAUAAGGAGCCGGAUCCAAGUCAUGAUCUUGCAAGCCAUCGCCCUGGCUGCCCUGCUGAGCCCCCAUGGAACUGGGGCCAUUACGGUGAGUGGCCAUGUGUCAAUGUAUGUCUGGUUUGCCCAGACACACAGACCUUCUGGGGAGUAUGUGUUUGAGUUUGAUGAGGAUGAACAGUUCUAUGUGGACCUGGAUAAGAAGGAGACUGUCUGGUGUCUGCCAGGGUUUAUUCACGCCUUCGACUUUGAUGCUUGGAGGGGUAUUGCUGACAUCAUCAUGGCAAAGAAGAACUUGAACACCCUGAUCCAACAGUCCAACCACACUAGGGUCACAAAUAAGCCACCUGAGGUGACCAUGUUUCCCAAGGAGCCUGUGGAGCUAGGACAGCCCAACACCCUCAUUUGCCACGUGGACAAGUUCUUCCCACCUGUGCUCAAUGUCACAUGGCUGCACAAUGGGCAGAUGGUCACUGAAGGUGUAGCUGAGACCAUCUUCCUGCCCAGCACCGGAUUUAGAUUCCACAAGUUCCACUACCUGACCUUCCUUCCCACGGCUGAAGACGACGUCUAUGACUGCAAGGUGGAGCACUGGGGCCUGGACCAGCCACUCCUUCGGCACUGGGAGGCCCAGGAACUGAUCCAGGUGCCUAAGAGAGAGACUGUGGUCUGUGCCCUGGGCCUGGUAACAGGCAUGGCAGGUAUCAUCACUGGCGCCAUUGUCCUGAAGACCAGGAGGCCUGAAAGCAUUGCCAGAGGCCCCCGGGAGUCAUCCCAGAGCUGGUACUAA